GGGAUUUCUUGUUGUUGAUCCAAUAUGGCGUCCUUACACGAGGUUGCUCCAGAUGCAUUGCCUUAUUAUGAUCAAGGAUAUGAAGACCCAGGAGUCAGAGAAAUGGUGAACCAGUUAGUGGAAGAAGAGACAAGAAGAUACAGACCUACAAAGAACUAUCUAGAAUUCUUACCUAAACCAGAUUUUGAAGUAUUUUUAACACCUGUCCUUAAAAAUGAGUUUGACAGAAUUAGCAAAAGACAACCAAUGGAACUAUUAAGCAUGAAAAGAUAUGAACUUCCUAAACCUGCGCCAUCACAGAAGCAUGAUGUAGCAGCAUGGACAGAAGCAGUAGAAAACUCCAUGGCACAAUUACAACACCAAGCUGAAAGAAUUAUUAACCUUGAAUUACUGUCAAAAUAUGGAAGUAAUGCAUGGAAAGUUCAUUGUGACGUCUUAAACAAACUAUUGGAACAGCAACAGAAGUCACUGAAUGAUUUAAGGAAAAAUGUACAGGAGAUUAAUUGGCAAAGGAAAUCAGAACAGUCUCCAGCAGGAGAACAACUGCAACAUUUAGAACACAGUUGGGUUGGUCUUGUUUCCAAAAACUACGAGAUUGAACGAGCAUGCCUGGAGCUAGAAAAAGAAGUUCAAAGACUGAAGCUAGAGGAAGAUGGUAGAAAUGGCCAUGCAUCAUAGGAAUUGCAUUACUUUCUGAUUUUCAUGAAGAGCACCUUCUGGAAAUCAGAAAUGCUACACUCUUAUAGGAAAACCGCUAUUAUGAAGUUUCGUGAUAAACAAGGACAGAAGCAAAGCCAUUUUGGCUUAUGGAGAAAAUAAUGAAAAGUAGAAGUGACAAAACACGUCGGUCAUAUUGAAGCAAACCAAACAUUAUGUUAACUAUGUGAUAUUUUAUUAUUAAACUGUUUUUAACUUAU